UCUAGCAAGUUCUACUAUGACAUGGACAUCGGGCAAUUAAGAAGGUCGCGAUUUCUGUGCUAUUAUUCGGUUUUUGUAAACUUCCUAGGACUGUGUAUACAUUUUUUUUCUAUAUAUUCAACUUAUGAAUAUAAUCAUAUACAUGAUAUUCCCAGUAACUUUAUACCUCUUUUCAGUUUUAUCAAUAGUUAUCAAUUUCUCGGAUUGUUUUUCAUAUACGUAGACUUGGUUCAGUUUCAUCAAAUUGAAAUUGUUAAAUUAUAUCGCGAAGUGCAGAAAAUUCUGAAAUAUUUUGCCAAUUGCAAUUAUAAAAAACUAGAAAAACUGUAUCUUUGGCGAGAUGUGUCAAUCGCCAUAUUGAAUGCCAUAACUAUGGUCAUUUGGGAUGGCACCGUGCACUUUAAAUUUUUCAGAGUGCAUAAGCUUUGGUACUCAGUGAUUGGAAAUGCCGCCUAUAUUUUUGGAAUAUGUAUGCUCUGGAACAUUAGGCGAUGCUUUUGCUAUGUGCUAAGUUGGCUGGAGGAUUUGGAGCAUCGCUGCUUAGAGUACAAAGAGUUACGACGUCUGCAACGAAUUCAUCAGCAAUUGAUUAAUGCAACCAAGACAUUUUCAUCGAUUUAUAGCCAUAUUAUAUUCUUCUUUCUGAUGCGUACUUCGUAUUUUUGUAUGAUAUCUUUAUAUUUUACCAUACGCAUCUAUUAUUCAAAUCCCCGAAUGCAUGUGGGUCUCAAAUAUCAGUUACUAACGCCAUUGUUGUGCAUCAACGGCAUGAUAUUGCUAUUUACACUGGGAAGCGCCACAGGACGAAUGGAGAAAUUUUCAAAGGAAACUAAGGAUAUUUUGCGUCGCUCAUGUACUCAACAUGAAUUGCUGGAACGAAGUAACUCUUUGCUGGGCUUGCAUCUCAGCUUGGAGAGGACAGAUGUUCGUCUCUAUGGACAGGUGACCAUUAAUCGUCGGCUAUGCUUCACCUUUCUCUCGCAAAUUCUACUCUAUGUGAUCUGUAUGAUUCAAGAAGAUUUUAACAUUAUAUGGCACUAACUACAAUCUUAAUCAAUGUGUUGCGUAGACUUGAAGUUAGAGUAUGGCGCAUAGUGAAUGGGUAAGUGAGCUUAAGCCUUUCGCGUGGAGCACCUGCUGCAGACUACUCAUGAAACUA